AUGGCGGACAGCACAUACCAAAGUUUUAGUGAAAAUGAAAAUGCCCUUUUAAAUAAGGUUUCCUCUCUCGAAUCCGAAAUCUCAUCUCUUAAUUCUAAAAUUGCCUCUUUUGAAGAGAAAUUUAACCAACUAUCUGAAUUCUUUUCCGCUAUUUCUUCUGAUCUUUCGGAUGCUUCGCCUUUUUCUUGUGAUUCAAGUUCAAGAAGUUCACUGCGUCAAAUUUAUUCCAAUACAAGUCAUUUAUGA